AAAUGGAGGCUCUCGCUCUGUUUGUGGUAUGGGAAUGCCUGAAUGCAAACCUUGCUCUCUUUCUUGAGAAAGACUACGAUGGCCAUGCUCAACCAAAUACUGAGAUCGCUGAAGAAACCAAAGGUACUGAGACUUGUAUGUCUUGCUUCAUCUGUUGUUGGAUUGCUCUGUUAUGCACUCAGUUCCUCUUUCAACCAUUUACUGGGAAACUGGAGCUGGUGGAAGAUGCUUCUUUAUAUUGUUUUCAGUUUCAUCGUUUUCCUUGCCGUCUUGUUCGCACCGGCAAGGUCGCGCUCCACCUCUCUCCGGCUGGAAUCUCAUGUGUCAUUUUUGGUUCUCAUAAUCACUUCUGUUUAUUCCUUUUUGUUUGAUAAUCUCGUGAAGGGUAAACCAGAUGCAUACAGCCUGGUCUCUUGUGCUGCUUUUGCUACCAUGUCACUUGGCUUGUCAAAUCUUACUCAAUUUGGAUUCCAGAUCGAUCUACUAUAUUUCUUCUGCGGAGGUCUACUAGUACAACUCAUGGAGAUCAAAAUGUGGUUAGUCAUUGUUGGAGGGAGCUUCAGUUAUUCCCUCAUUCAAAUUUGUGAUUAUCCGCGCCACACACAACGGGAGAAUCUUCCCCUCCAGCUCCAAAAUCUAGUAAACAUUCAAGUUGAUCCACGGAGUGUUAGUAGUAGCAGUCAUGAAGAAGCUUAUGCUGAUGUUGAUAGUACUCAAGGCACCUCACCAGAAGACGGGGAUCUAAGAUUCCAAGACCAUUUGCACACUCAAAAUAAUUCACCUUCACAAGAUGNAGGCCCAUCUUCCGUAGAUGACUCUCACUCUUCAUGA